CCCUACCCACUCCUCCAGCACAUGGGAUGUUUGGGUGGUGGUUCGUCAACGCGCACAGCCGCUCCGCCUCCAAGGCGUUGUGGAAGAAAGGAGCACAGAGGAGAAGCUGCACCAAAAGACGAUAAACAAGCAUCAAUGCAUGUACCUCAUACUUCACCAAGGACGGGAAUUGCCAGCGGGCCGGUCAGGCGUAUGCGUUUGAGGAUUCGCGACUGGGACAGUGUAAAUGCGCCGCCCCGUGUGCGCCUAGGAGCGACGCACAGCGCGUCAAAGAAAUCAGAUUUCUCUGGGCGACUUGUGUUUACACAGGAGCUAUCCAGAGCCACGUUUUAGCAAGCAGUCGCUCGGGACAGCACAGUACAGGGGUGUUUAGCGCACAGGCUUUCCGCCCAUGCAAACAGUGGAACAGAGCAAGGACUCGAGCAACAGAUACACGUCCACAAAAGCAUUUUUUUUUGCUGAAGAAAAAUCUUCCAUCGGAGACAUUUUUUUUUUUAAGAUUAUGAUAUCAUGAGGAGGUGCAGCUGAUCGACAGGGUGAGCACAUGGUUGUGCACGUAGCCAAGCGCUUCAUGGUAUGAACUUUAUGGAUUCGGACAUGGGAACUGUUGCAAACUAACAACAACUAUCCCUUGGUUGCAGGCAACGACAUAUUGCCAAUAUAUACAUUUUUAUUUUGAAAGAAACAUUUAGUCACCUUCGCUGUCAACGAGGCAAAAAGUCUACAUGAUCGACAUGGAGACCCGGGAUGAGACGGAGAGGUCAGAGAGGAGGUUCGCCCUCAGUUACAUCGGCUGGUCGUCGCUGGACAGCCGGACCACUCUGCCCAUGCUGCCGUGGCUGGUGGCCGAGAUCCGCAGGAGGAGCGAGAAGGGCGACUGCGGCCCCGUGAUGCAGCCGAGAGAAGUUCAGCUGGUCCUCUGCCCCCCUUUCGUCAGAUGCGUCCCCUCCACCAGCAACAACUCGUCCGUCUUCAUCUUCGAGCACAAAGCGCAGCUCAUCUCUCGCUUCGUCCACAACAGCAAUGACCUCACCUACUUCGCCUAUCUCCUGCGGGGCCAGCCCGACAACCCCGAGUCCGAGAUGUCCUGUCACGUCUUCAAGGCCUGCGACCCCAACCAGGUCCCCGAGGUAAUCAGUAGUAUUCGCCAAGUGUCCAAAUCAGCCCUGAAGGAAGAUGCCAAGCCCAAACAGGAAGCUGACGAGGCCUUCUACAACUCCCAGAAGUAUGAAGUGCUUUACUGUGGCAAGGUGACGGUUGGCCACAAAAAGGCUCCAUCCACCCUCAUCGAUGACUGCAUUGAUAAGUUCCGCCAGCAUGAGAUUGAGCGCAAGCGCCUGCGACUGCUCAACGGUCAGAGGGGGUCCACGGAGAGCGCCCCUGUGGAGUUUCUCGUGGGAGGAGAAGCAGAUCCACUCUCCGUUGCCCUGAAUGAGAAUACAGAAGACGCUGAAGGUUCUGGAUUGGAGGAUGUGACUGCAGGAGGAGGUAAAGGUCUGUCCGGCAGCACCAGUCAGAGCAGCUUGCGAGGAGCAUUCCCUGAGUGCAUCCUGGAGGACUCUGGAUUUGAGGAGCCUCAGGAGUUCCGUACACGUUGUAGCAGCAUGGCGGGGAGUCUGCAGAGGAAGCCAGGGGACGGCGUCAUCAUUGGUCCCACACGCCGCAGACACGCUAGCGCACCAAACAACGUUCAGCCUUCGGAUGCGGACAAGAACCGCACAAUGCUCUUCCAGGUUGGACGUUUUGAAGUAAACCUCAUAAGUCCUGACAGUAAAACAGUGGUGCUGGAGAAGAACUUCAAAGAUAUCUCAUCCUGCUGUCAGGGCAUCAAGCAGACUGACCAUUUUGGGUUCAUCUGUCGGGACCAGUCGGUGUCUGGUCCCAAUCAGUACAUGUGCUACGUUUUCCAGUGUGCCAGCGAAUCCUUGGUGGAUGAGGUGAUGCUGACCCUGAAGCAGGCCUUCAGCACCGCAGCCGCCUUACAAAGCAACAAGAUGCAGAUUCAGCUGUGCGAAGCCUGCCCCAUGCAUGACCUGCACAAGCUCUGCGAGAGGAUUGAAGGUCUCUACCCACCUAGAGCAAAGCUAGCCAUCCAAAAAUAUCUUUCUCAGCUGACUGACAAUGAGCAGGCUGAGAUCUUUGAGCGAGUUCAGAAACUGAAGCCCGGGUCAGACCAAGAAGAGAAUGAGCUGGUGAUACUCCAACUGAGGCAGCUUUGUGAAACCAGACAAAAGUCCCACCUUCACAUCGGAGAGGCUCCUCAGAAUGCUGCAAACAGCCCAGCAGGAGAUGGCGCAGCCCCCAGCAGCCGCUUCAAGCUCGAUAUUCUCAAGAACAAAGCACGUACGUCCCUCACCAGCUCUCUGGAGAACAUCUUUGCAAGGGGUGCCAGCCGAAUGCGGGGCCGCUUGGGGAGCAUGGGGAGCAUUAGCAGUUUCGAAAGACAGGAUGAGGAGUCUCCUGGUCACUCCCCUCCAGGUUCACCUCCUGCCUUCCCAGACGAUGACCCGGAAGGGGGACUGCAGUUCCGUCGGCGUGCCCACACCUUCAGCCACCCCCCGGUGAAGAAGCGCAUCUCCUUCGAAGGCCAUCUGACCAGCCAGAGCAAGCACCACUUGCUUCACAGGCAGAGCUCAGUUAACACGGAACUGUUGCAAAGCAGUCCCGUGGCUGUUUCGAGAACGCGCAGUGUUUCGGAGAGCGAGUCCUCCUCCUUCAGCCUCCCCUCCUCCUUCACUGCCCCCACUUUCCUGAAAAGCUUUUACCAGGGCUCACUGGGCUCCCUCAGCUCCCUGGCGGACAGUGGGAGCCUCAAGAGCAAUGGGGAAGGAAGGCGGAGGACGCUGUCAGGCUGCAGCAGCGACUCUCUGAGUGGAGGUGUCCCUCUGACCCCACGCAGGGUCUCCUGGAGACAGAAGAUCUUCCUGAGGGUCGCGUCGCCCAUGAACAAGCCAACUGCAUCCAUGCAGAACACAGAGCACGGCGAUGCCAGGGAGCUGUUGCCUCUCUCCCCUCACGCCUCGGACUCAAGCCUGGACCCUUUGGGGCGUCUGCUGCACCCGUCACGUGACCCCACGUCCGAGGAGAAGCCUAAGAGGACGGGGACUGACUACAGGGCCCUCUGGAAGACGGCCAUCCACCAGCAGAUCCUGCUGCUGCGCAUGGAAAAAGAAAACCAGAGACUUGAGGAAGCGAGCCGAGACGAGCUGCACAUCCGCAAGGUGAAGCUCAACUACCAGGAAGUGAGCGAGUGCUCCAAAGAUGCGCAGGCACUGUGGGAGAGAAAACUGACAGCCCCGGGAAGAACCACAGUUCCGCAAGACAGGGACGAUAUGUACCGCGCACUGUGCCAAGGAGUUCCAAAGAGCAGGCGCGGUGAGGUCUGGUUGCUCCUUUCCCAUCAGUACCGACUGUGCCACAGACUGCCACAGCGCCAGCACGCCCCGGACACCCCUUACCACGACCUGUUGAAGCAGCUCACCGCACAGCAGCACUCUAUUCUGGUGGAUUUAGGCAGGACUUUUCCCACUCACCAGUACUUCUCAGCCCAGCUUGGCGCGGGCCAGCUUUCCCUCUACAACCUCCUGAAAGCCUACUCUCUGCUGGAUACAGAGGUUGGCUACUGCCAGGGUAUCAGCUUCGUGGCUGGAGUGCUGUUGCUCCACAUGUGCGAAGAACAGGCUUUUGACAUGUUGAAGUUCCUCAUGUACGACCUCGGCAUCAGGCGGCAGUACAGGCCUGACAUGGUCUCUCUUCAGAUUCAGAUGUACCAGCUCUCCAGGUUGCUGCACGACUACCACCGUGAACUGUACAAUCACUUCGAGGAGCACGAGAUCUGCCCGAGCCUCUACGCGGCGCCGUGGUUCCUCACGCUCUUUGCCUCGCAAUUUCCCCUCGGCUUCGUGUCCCGCAUCUUUGACUUUCUGUUUGUCCAGGGGACUGAGGUGAUCUUUAAAGUUGCCCUCUGUCUGCUGAGCAGCCACGAGGGGGAGAUAGUGGAGUGUGACAGCUUCGAGAGCAUCGUGGACUAUCUGAAAACUACACUCCCCACACUCACGCAGACACAAAUGGAGCAGACCAUUGCCAAGGUAAUGGAGAUGGACAUCUCCAAGCAGCUGCACGCGUACGAAGUGGAGUACCACGUCCUGCAGGACGAGAUGUUAGACGGCGGACCUCAGCCUGACGACUCUGAGCGACUUGACAAACUAGAAAAGACAAACGCACAGCUGAAGAAGCAAAACAUGGACUUGCUGGAAAAACUUCAGGCGGCCCGGCAGAAGAUUCAGACGCUGGAGACGAACGUGGAGAGCUUCCUUUCACGGGAGAGCAAAAUGAAGCACGUGAUUCGCUCUCUGGAGCAGGAGAGGGCAUCUUACCAGAGGACCAUUGAACGCAUGCGCUCGUGCCUUCCCCCUGACGCCCUGACAGAUGUGGAGAUGACCCAGAUCAAAACAGGACCCAAUGGGAAAGCCAAAACUGCAGCCAAGAAGCCCUGAUGAUAACCAGGGGGCGGGGGGGCGCUGGCUGCUCUGGGCAGACGCGCAGGCAGACGCUGAAGUGAGCAAAUGGAGACUGCUCUGAGGAAGGCUGCCGAUCUGCACUGCGUCGUCGUGGUGGCGGACGAGAGUGGCAGCGCUUUGUAAAUGUGUGAUGUGUGGACUUGCAGACGCUAUGUGGAAACAUCUACAGGAUAUUUGAGGUAUAGAACGGUGGGAGGGCGGUUUCAGUCAUUUUAGCAAACAGACUGUUCCCACAGUGCAUCAGAGGUGUUUGUGUCAUCUGCGCCACUGACAGUUUGAAGGUGAAAUCCGGAUACGCAUCAUCCCUCACUCUUCAAAUCUCGUAGGCAAUCACGGGGGGAGUUUUCUAGAUGGACACGAGGAAGAUAUCUGCCUCUGGAGAUAUUUUUGUGCAUUGCCUGGCUGUGUUUACUAUCAGUACUAACAGUGAAGUAGUGAACAGAAGGUGCCUGUUGGCAAAUAGUCCUUUAGACCUCAGGGUCAACUUGUAGCCAUUACCAGUGUGUAUAAUCCUGGGUUGGAUGUUGCAUUGUUUUUGUUGUUUUUGAACUCUAAUGGAAACUUGGCCUCAGGCUAAUUACGUUGCUUUGUUAUUUCCUUCUAUUCACUUGAAAAUUUUGUGAAUGUAAUUUCCCUCCAAAGAUCAGCGCGACGAUAUUCUUUUUUUUUUCUUCUUCUUCUCCCCCCCACACCCCACCACAGAGCUGUUCAGCCACUCCUCAGCCAUAUUAGGCUUUCAAGUUCAGCGCACAUACAAUAUCUCUCUGCUCAUCUCUCAGCACCGCGCCACUGCCUUCACGUGAGAGAUUUUUAGGUCUUGCACUUGCUGAUUUUUUAAAGAGGAAGUGUUUUCUUUUAAAGCUCAGGCAGGAUGUGAGGUUGUCUGCCUUUUCAGUUUCCUGUGUGACUGACCGCGGUGUCGCCUCGGCUCGGCAGCUUGCUCAGACACUGAGGCAGAGUUCACGCUCCCCAGGAGACGCUGAAGAGCAGACUAAGGUGUAGGAGUGAUCCGAACGCACGUCUCCGUUGUAGCCGGUGUUGUUCGGCGUAACAUGAACCUGCAGAUGCGCCGCCGUUUGCAGUGACGCUCGAGCAUUUUGACUGAGUAGAGCUACAACAAAGCAAAUGCGAAGAACUUUAAAGACGCUUUCGGUGGUUAUGAAUUUCUCCUGACACACGUGAAUGCGUGCAGCACAAGCACACACACUGUACAGCCGGCUGGCUGAGUGUAGCUUCAGACAGUUUAUACUGUAUAAGUUCAAAGAGUGUCCCUGGCUCCCUCUUCAGUUUUGCUUUAUCCCACCUCCGCGUGUCUGACUCACCAUUACUAGUUUUGAUUGGAACAGGAGCAGCCCUGUGCUCCACUUUCAGAAAACAACCCUCAACUUUUAAACCUAAGCCAGUGAGAAGGUUCGAGUCCGGCUCGGGCCUCUCUGGGUGGAGUUUGCACGUUCCCCCCCGUGACUGCGUGGGUUUUCUUCGGGUGCUCCGGUGUCCUCCCACCUCCACAACAAGACAUGCUUGUUAAGUUAAUUGGUGAUUCUAAAUUGACCUUAGGUGUGAGCGUGAAUGUUUUUUGUUUUUUUUUGUUUUUUUGUCUGUGUGUUAACCCUGCGAUAGACUGGCGACCUGUCCGGGGUGUACCCCUGCCUCUCCCCUCUCGAUGACAGCUGGGAUAGGCUCCAGCAACCCCCGCGGCCCUACUGAGGAUAUGCGGUAGCAGAAGAUUAGAUGAGAUGUCUGUCUUGGAGAAAAAAAAAAAAAGUUUGGCGUCUGUCAGUCUUCCUGUCCUUGGUGACGACGUGCGACACAUUUGCGUCUGUUUCAAAGUUCUUCUCUAACUUCAGCCCGAGCGAAUGCACUGUUCAGCAGACAGUGCGUUUAUAUUUAGCAAUACUGUGUAUUUGCAUACACCCAGAGCACUUGUCUACUUUUUGCUAGGUUACACAGGGUACCAGGGGGAAAACUCUUCAGUUAUCUUUCUGGUAAUUGAAGUGACACGAACGUUUUGUAAUUUUUUCUCUGAACAGAUCAGCGAGUGAAACAUAUCAAACCAGUCAUUUUAAAACCUCUUCAGGCAUGUGUUGCGUACACGUCUACACACCUUUCCUCUCUCUUUUUUGCCUGUAUUAUGCUCAGAAUGCAGCGUGUCUGUGCGUCUUAGAAAUGCACCAGUGAACCAAAGAUGUCCUUGUUUUCACAAAAGAUUAAUGAAUGAAUUCACUCAAAAUGGAGUGCUGUGUGAAAUGCCGUAACCUCGUCGUCCCCCCUGUGCAUCUUUUUCAGCUUUCUUUAGGUCUCCGCUGUGACGAAAGCUUGAACGCGUACCAAAUAUUGGCAGUAAAAACUUUUAAACACUGUAAAAUAUCAACAGCUGCAGUUUUGUCGUUUUUACACGAUGUUUAUUUCUUGUGCCAAAAACUUUAAGAUGGCCUUUAUUCUCCAUAAAUCUGAGCUAUAAGACCAUUUCUUUCAGUAGCUAUUUUAAAGCACUUUUGCGGUCAGUGAAGGGGAUUUCGUUUUACUUCAGGUGCUCCGAGUCCUGACUUCUGGAUAGUGCUUGUAUCACUGUGCUUUAAGACUGUCAACAUGAGGGCUGAACUGAAACUGUCACGGAUUCUCCAAUAAAUCUCACCUUGCCUUGUU